ACGUAAUUUCCCCCAAAAGGACACUUCCAAAUCGAUCUUGCGAUUUAUAUAAAAGGAGCUGGCCCAGAUAGUGAACCCUUUUAACGUUAAUAUUUCUGAUCAAACUAAUUCAUUUUCCCGACCCUUUAGAUGUACAAAGCGGGCAUAUUUCUUUUCUUGUUUUAUAUCGGCACUUUGAUCCUCGCCGAGAAAAUCACGAUUGCCGGCACGUGGCAAGACAGCGCAGUAAAAUACUACAGAGAAAUAAAUCACAUGACCAUAAUUUCAGCCGGGGCGCCCCUGCCGAAAAAUCUUACUUAUAUUGGUAAAACUAUAUUAUGUGCCCAUGAGUCGGCAGGAAUUUGGCGCAGUAUAACAAAUAAAAUUUCUGGCAAUAAAAUAAUAACCAUCUUCACGUGCCAAAUUCUUGAAACUUUUCGCAGUAUCGUAACGGCGAUAACUCAGAAAAAAUUAAGCAAUAAAUUUCUUGUAUAUGAGGAAGAAUGGAAUGUUGUGAAAAUGAAUCAUGGUAAGUAUGAAUUGGAAAUAUUAAAUAUUGCAUUUCUUAUUAUUUUACCUCAGUGUUAAUCUCCCGAAUUAUCCAUAGAUUCGAAAUUACUUAAUCCCCGAGAAGUUUCAUUACGGGGAAUAUUAUUUUACAUAAUCUGCGUGUUUGGGAGAGAUAUA